CUGUGGAGCCGCCUUAGUGCUGCACACAGCAGACGCCGCAGAAGAAGAGUUAGUAUUGUAAACACAGGGAUAUGGCUGACGAGAGGGGUGGAGGCGAAGACAACAUCAACGACAACAUGGGAAACCAGUUACAACUUUUACCAGACAAUGAGGAAGAGGAGGAGGAAGAUGACAUGGAGACUGAGGACCGAGAUAGCGAGGAGGCAGAGAAGCCCAACAUCAUAACCUUUGACCCCAGUCUUCCCACAUCACAUUCUUAUCUGGGUUCAGACAUGGAGGAGUUUCAUGGCCGCACAGUCCACGAUGACGACAGCUGCCAGACUAUUCCUGUGCUGCCACACACGGCUGUGAUGCUGGUGCCGGGCCAGACGCUGCCUCUGCAGCUCUUCAGGCCACAGGAGGUCAGCAUGAUGAGGAGCGUCAUCCAGAGAGACCGCACCUUUGCUGUGCUCGCACACAGCAAUGCAGGUGAGCCAGAGGCAGAGUUUGGGACAACGGCUGAAAUCUAUGCAUACAGAGAAGAGCAGGAGUAUGGCAUCGAAACAGUCAAAGUGAAAGCUGUGGGGAGGCAGAGAUUCAAGGUCCAUGAGAUAAGAACUCAAGCAGAUGGGAUCAGACAAGCCAAAGUACAGAUCCUUCCAGAACGAAUUCUUCCAGAUCCCCUCUCUGCCGUGCAGCUAACGCCCCUAUCCAGGCUCCACAUGCACCCCUCCUCCAAGCCCCCGACUCAGAGCUGCAAACAGGCCCAGUGCUGGUGGAAUAACUAUCAACAGAGGAAGUUUCACUGUGCCAGUCUGACGCCAUGGCCACCCUGGGUCUAUGCACUCUACGACUCUGAGUCACUCAUGAACAGAGUGAAGAAACAGCUCCACGAAUGGGAUGAGAACCUGAAGGAUGACUCUCUCCCCACGAACGCCAUAGACUUCUCCUACAGAGUAGCAGCCUGUCUGCCCAUAGAUGACGCUCUGCGGCUCCAGCUGCUGAAGAUUGGCAGUGCCAUCCAGAGACUUCGCUGCGAACUGGACAUCAUGGACCGGUGCACGUCACUGUGCUGUAAGCAGUGCCAGGACACAGAAAUCACCACAAAAAAUGAGAUCUUCAGCUUGUCUCUGUACGGCCCCAUGGCUGCGUACGUCAACCCUCAUGGUUACGUCCAUGAAACCCUGACUGUCUACAAAGCCAACAACCUCAACCUGGUCGGCAGGCCAUCCACACUGCACAGCUGGUUUCCAGGGUACGCCUGGACAAUCGCUCAGUGCCGAACCUGCGGGUCUCACAUGGGUUGGAAGUUCACUGCCACCAAGAAGGACUUGUCUCCGCCUCGUUUCUGGGGUCUGACCCGUUCAGCCAUGCUCCCCCGUAUCCCCCAGGGCGAGGGGGAGGAGGGGAGGGAGGGCUCUCGCCUCUUCUGCCUGUGAUGUCGGACCAUCGACCAGCAAAAAAAAAAAAAGAAAAGAAAAAAAAACUCCCCCACCACCCUCAAGCCUGGAUCUUCGCUCCCUGGCUGCGAUUACUUUGAGUAAUCAAUGCAUCGCUCACUGCCUGUCACCCCUGGCAGCAAAUCCAUCAUAUUAGUGAAAAGGUCAUUCGGCCUUUAAAUGGCACUCUACGAGCAAAUUAGAACAGGAUAGAGGCAGUGGUUGCUCUCAAAGGUUUUUAAAAAUGUGGAGGCAGUGGUGAGAUUAAUUCCAUGAAACGUGGUAACAUCCUAGCAUGCGGCUUCCCUGUGUGGCUGUUUUCUCGAUAGCUGCAGACACACAAACACAAACACACACAAACACAGCAGCUACGCUCAAUGUCUAAUUUCCCCCUCAACUCCUUUUGUCCGUAUAACGGAGAGCGUGACCGCAUGUAGUUGCGAUAGAGAUAUCAUUGACAAGUGGGCUGCGUUAGCCCAUUUUGAUUUGUCGUGAAGCCAACCAGUAUACAGUAAACUCACUCGGCAUUCAGAUCUUUUGUGGGUUUCUCAGAUGUGUUUUCUGCAACUCCAGCUGCCAUAGACCAGUGGAGGAAGCUGUUUUUGAAUGAAAGUGCAAUCGCGUACAUGCAGAUGUGUCAUGCUAGAUAAUUUUGAAUCUUGGAAUUAAAUUGGAUGUAUUUUUGUACGCAAGAAGAUUGGAUAUUAAUUUAAUAUGCCAUUCAUGUGUGGAUAAAUAGUGCUUUUUUAUUAUCACAACAGUUUUUGUGUAACAGACAAAAAAAACUGAGGUGAAAAUAACGAUAAUGUGUAAUAUACUUGAUAUAAUCUGUGUCUGUUUUGUAUUCAACUAAAGCUCAUUGUCUUGUCAGAUGAUGUGCUUCAGGAAACGGGCGUUAUCUCCGGUUGCACAAGUGAAAAUUCUGAGAUGUCUUGGUGCCUCAUGGCAGCCGAUGAAGACAGAGUGAGAGGAGUCUUUACCCUUCUUCAUUUAGUUUGUUCAUGUUGUGUGGCAUGUUAAAAUGCUGUGCCUACGCUCCAGCUCACAUAGGUUUGAUAAAGCAACGAACCGCAGACCCGAAGGAGAGAUUAUAAACGGCGAAGUGGUGAUAAGACUUUGGUUUAAUUUAAGUUCUUUUAGGAUUCUCUUUGGUUUGUAGUCGCGCAGUUUUCAGGAUUCUACUUCUUGCGAUUCUGUUGCAAGGUGCUGGCUCACGUUUGUAUAAAUGUUACUGUAAAUAAGAGGCAAUUAUAGCGUUUGUUGUGUAAUAUAACUGGUGUUCUACUGUUUGAGGAAUCUGACUCUUAUUUCUCAUAUCUCUUCAUGUUGGACAGAAAUCUUUGUCAUCAGUGAGCAGAGUAAUUGAAAGCAAUAAGAAAAUGUCUAGAAUCUGAAGAUGUUGGUUUGAGUAAUGGCAUGUUUUAGGAUAGUUUGACAAGGAAGGAAUAGUUUGACAUUUUGGGAAAUUUUAAGGCUGUUUGGUUUCUUGCAGAGAGUUAAAUGAGUGGAUUGGUCUUUAGGAUAAAUAUGAAACUAACCGGCUGCUGACUGUAACAUUAUUUCUAACAGACAUCUCAUUUAACUCUCUCCAUUAAAGCAAAUAAGUAUACAUCUGAAAAUGACUGUAUAAUAACUGUUCCUUUAAAGAGAAAGGAUUUAGAACAUCUUAUGUGUUAUCAUUAUGGCUGAAGUGCACUGUCACAUAGGUCUGUAGUUUUGAGUUGCACUGACUCAAUAAGAACAUAACUUUGUCAUCUCAUGCAGAGUUUGUUUUCACUGACCUUCAUAUUCUUGCUGUAGUACCUCAGAAAUCAGAAAAUGUGAGCUUCCUCAGAAAAGUAAAAUCACUUUCACAUUUUCAGGCCUUUCCUUAAUAAUUCUCAAGCUUGCUUUCAUAUCGUUUCAUCAUUUUGUUUCACUGAAGAGAGGUUCUCGCCAUGAGAAUAACACGUAAAGUCUUAUCUAAUGCCUCUUUUGAUUAUAUUCUCCGUCAUAUCACUCAUUCAGUGUUUCGCCAGGCUGUCAGACUUUGGUCCAAACCCCACCCCCAAUAAUAAAAUAGACGCUUCACUAAAGAAAUCAAUGCCGUGGCUCCAAAAAAAGGCCUUUGCUUGUUUUUCAGUGACACUCAUUGUACACAGAGUGAAAUAAACAUUCCUCUGAUUCACAUGUUUGUCACCAGAGAUGUUGAAUAUGGUUCAGUGGGACACUUGAGGCAGGUGUGUGUGUAUGUGUGUGUGGGUGUGUGUGUGUGUAUAGUAAGCCCGUGUGGAGGAGAUGAAUUGAGCUUUAAUGAGCUGGUAAAAGCCUACAUGGUGUCUUUGCAGAAUUUGUGAUUCUUCACAUCUACAGGCAAAUCGACAUGUGCCUUCAUUGUGUUUGUGUGCUUUCAUGUGUCUGCGUGUACUGCAUUUGAAGUGUAUCAGUCUCUUGUGCAGAAACACGUGGAUGGAGGAUGAUUCUUAUGCCGGCACAGCAAGGGUCUAAUGAGUCUCAGUGAGUGGGAGAGGAGACAUGGCGACUGCUGUGCUUCGCUGAUGACUUGAACGUGAGGCUCCCUCAGAGAAGGGCAUUUCUAAUAAAGAGUAGGAUACGGUCUGAGACACGCAACGUGAUUUCUCAUAUCUCACCACAUCAACUUGAUAUCAAUAAUAAUCUUGACUUGUUUUGUGGCUUCAGCAGUCAUUGUGUGUUUCUCUCCAGUAAAGUUUUGCUUUCUGAAA